AUGUCAAAGUUAUUCGUACCAUUGCAGUCGAGUCUGACGACACGUCUCUCAAUGAGAUGGGCGUCAGAAACACCCUUCGAGACCACCGACACACUGGUAAUCACAGUUGGCGAAUGGUACGUCGAUCUGCGAGUCGAUAAACAGACCGGCAAAAUCGAUUGGGCGCUCGCGGGAGAAUGUACCGACGAGAGCAAGGACCCACGGCGCGUGGUGUUCACUCAUGAGAUCGACUCCCACCACAAUUUCAACAUUAGCAACCCAUGUCCAUUUAUCCCACUCCCCAAUGGGGAUGAAUUGGAGACCGGGACCAUGGCUCGACCAGAUAUACCCGGAGCGCCGAUGACGGAUUACGAAGAGGUGUGGAGAUAUCUUCCGAUUCGCGAAGGGCCGGAAGGGCCAGGGCGCGGCCUUGCGUGGAUCAUGGAGUCCGAUGAAGGUAUUCUGGAAGAGGGUCAGCACCAAGUUACCAAGAUAUUUUUAGCGCAAAUUGGGGGCUCGUAUUUGAUCCUUUAUCAGAAGCAAACCCAUGUGGUUAGCCGAACACCCCUUGGGCAACGGGCUGUUAAAAUCACUGGAGAGGGGGUGAGCGCGCGACGAGAAGAGUGGACGGAUGGCCACUGGGAGAUAAAAUAUGCGUUGGGACCAAACAUCGAUGAUUUGCCUUCAAUGGCUAAUGGGCUGGAUGUCAAAAUGCGAGGACGUAAGAGCGGGGAGAAUGUCGCCAUUGGAGGGUGCGACUUCAUCGUGCGUGCAUAUGCAUCCGAAGCCACAGAAGCCCCAAGGAAAAUCAGGCAAUCUCGUCUUUAG